AGCAAACAAACCUUUGUCUGUAAUCGGCCCUGUUGUUAAUAAGACUUUUGUGACAGAGUGUGAGGCAAAUUGUGUUUUCUACCAUUAAAGGAGAAGUCCUGAAUUUCCAGCAUGAACAGGCAGGAAUAUUCAACAGGAUCUCUCCAUGCAUCAAGAAUACUGGGGGGACUUGCAUCACUUCGCAGAUUAGAAGUCCUAUGUGAUGGCAAUGUAAAACUCUUAGAUGGCAGUAUCAAAGUUAGUCGUGCAUUACUUGCAGCUGGUUGCCCCUAUUUCAGAGUUUUGUAUGAGUUUGAAGAGGAUGCACAGCAAGGUUUACAUCGCACUGCAGAGCCAAUGUUAGAAAUCACUUGUAAAACCUUUGAAGUCAUCCUUGAUUUCAUUUAUACUGGUCACAUUGUUCUAGACUUUGAAAAUAUCCAAGACAUAUUACAAGCCAGUGAUCUCCUACUAAUGACUGAGCUAAAAGAGCUGUGUGUCCAGUACCUGAUGAGUAUUAUUGAAGCAGAAAAUUGUCUGGGCAUACUUGAACUAGCACAGAGAUUUUCAUGUCCAAGACUUGUAUGCUUUACUAAAGAUUUUAUUUGCCAGCACUUUAAAUACAGGGAAGUUGUACGAACAGAAGAGUUUCGUAACCUGAGUGAGGAACGUUUAAAAGAUCUCUUGUCACAAGAUGGACUUGCAGUUAAAUCAGAAUUAGAUAUUCUCACAGCUCUAGUAGUAUGGCUAAAUACCAACCAGCUGAAAUCACCUGAUGUGGAAUCCCUAGUUACAUGCUGCUUGCGAGAAUCUGCAGACUUAAAGUACGAUCCAAAGUUUCAAAGGGCUUUACAAGAUCUGAGGGCUGCCACACCACCAUGGGACUCCCCAGGAGCUAUGAUGGUGCUUGAUGCCCUGAAGAAGACAAGGAGAAUUAGGUCCAUCAGGGAAAGAGGCACCAAAACGGUCCUUGCAUGUGGGGAUGAUGAAGGUGGUAUAUAUUUGGUGGAUAUCCUGAGUUCAGGCAAAUAUUCUGGAUCCCAUGUUAAGCUACCACCCAUGUGUAUCCCAAGAAUUAAACCUACACUUGUUGUGGAAGGUGGGUACCUCUUUGCUCUUGGUGGAGGCAAUAAGAGUGGAGAAGCCAAAAAUGAUGUUCAGCGAUAUGACCCACUCUCCAAUAGCUGGACUCUGAUGGCUCCAAUGCCAUUUGCAUGUUUUCUACCUAUGGUUGUAUCUUAUGCAGGAAAGCUGUAUGUAACAGGUGGAUGUGAUAUUAAUGAGAGUGAAUUACAAAUAACAAACUUUGAAGAAUUUGAUAUAUAUGCCAAUAAGUGGAGAUCACUUCCACCAAUUCCAAAUAUGAGGCAUGGAGCAGCUCUGGCAGUGAGUGAUGGAAAAAUAUACUUUAUUGGAGGUUCUCCUUGGAUAGAAUUACCAGAUGGAAGUCCAUAUUAUAGAGUGUUGGAUGCAGUGGAGAUAUUCUGCAUUAAGGAAGAGAUUUGGGUAGCUGGUCCUCAGCUGAAAGAAAGGAGAAGGCAAGCAGCAGCAGUUAAUUAUAAAGGAGAUAUUUAUGUGAUUGGAGGCAUAAGACCACUGGAGUGCCCCAGUGCUCAGGGUCGCACCAAAGUAACAGGCACAGAAACGCUCUUCAAAGAAUCACAGAUGGGCUGGACCUCUAUGACUAAGCUCCAAAUCCCUCUAGAAGCCAAAUAUAAAACUGUGGCUCUGGCAAAUAAUGAGCAUAUCAUCAUCAUUGGAAAAAAUGACAAUUUUACAUUUAUGCGUGAUAAUUGCUUCAUUAUGGUUGGCAGUGGCUGGGGACUAGUGCCAGGAGCUGAGAGCAUACUGACAUCUGGAACAAAGUAUUUUUGCAGUUAUGCUCUCUUGUCUCUUCCUUCUGCUGCCAUGCAUGAUUUAUACCCAGAGGAUAGUUUAUAGUUUUCCAUAACAUCUCAAUAACUCAUAACCCUUAUAUUCUUGAGGUAACUCAGGUGUUUUUUGGACAUUGAGAAGAAAAAUACAUUUCGUAGUAGUGACACUAAUAUAUGUGUUUAGUGACCCCUUUUGUAAUAUUUCAAGAAAAAAAUUCUGUACCAUUACAAUAACAACCUGCCAUGAAUCAAGAGUAUGUUCGAUUAGCCUGUAGAUCAAAGUUAAUUAAGGAUUCACAAUCUUAUCAAAUAAGAUUUUCUGUGGGUGUGCAUGUGCGUGCAUGUGUGAUUGUGUGAGUGAGUGUGUGUCAAAUGUGUGUGGGGGAUGCAUGUUUGCAUGCAUGCUGUAUUAAUGCUUGCAUUUUUUUUUUUUUUUUUUUUUUUUAUGUGUGUGUGUGUGUGCUUCUGUAUUUGUCUAUAUCUACUAAUUGUGUGAGAUCAAAGAUACUCAAGUUAGCUGCUGGCUUUUAAGAUAUUCAAAAUAUUAUAUACAUAUAUUUUAUUUCUAGAAACAUAUAUUAUGUGGAUUAUCAUGCAUUUUCCUAUUUUAAGACCCACAAGCAUAAACUAGUCCCAGAGACCCAUCUAUAAUGAAUUUUUUGAGUUACUUCCCAGACUGCAUUAUCUGGCUUAGGGAGGAGAAAUACUUGUCUGUAGAAAACUGACAUAAAACUUUUGUCAAUUAAUUAAAAGAAUGGGCAUUAUUUUAAGCUGCAACUCUUUCACCAAAAACUCAAUAUUAUUGUUACCUUUACAAGAUUAAUACAUCAUCCACGUUACCUCAAGAAUGUAGAAAGACAUUUCAUAAAGCAUACUACAAUUUAAAAAAGAAUACAGUGUAUGUUUUAAUUAUUGUUAGUCCCAAUCUUUAGCAUUCCAAACACUGAAAAAAUUAUAGAACUAUGUGAAGAUAUUCACAUAACACUUAUAACUGUAUCUUAUCUGCCUGUGACACUUUUGAUACUGUCAGUACAAAAGAUACAAGAUUCAAAGCAGAAAGUUCCUGAAGAUUGAAUGGGCAUUUGUAAGAGGAUGUAGAAGUGUAACUUUAAUAUACAUCACUUUAACAGAUACCCAAAUUAUAUAUUUUUUUAGAAUAAACAUUUAUGUAGUGAGGAUGGAUUCUCUUAGUUUCAUGAUUCAGUAUCAGACACUCCUUUUAUUUUAUAUAAUCUCAAAAGACAGACUAGCAUUUUUCCUUUUUACUUUGGCUUAAGUCAAAAUUUAAUCAGUUAGGGUUCACUAAGGGGUGUACAGAAAAUGUGAAAGUGGUAUCGGUAUUUUGACAGUACUUAGAGGCAAACUUGUUCUUAGACUGUCACCAUAGUAAAAUGUAGGUGUCCAAUGUCAGUGCCCCCCCCCCCCCUAAAGAAUGGAAUCAGCAUGGCACAAAAGGGUACCCUUCCUGAAUUUCUGUCUGUUAUGCAUUUGUGUUCAUUUGAGUUGUUUGACUGUCUAGGUGCAUGUGUAUGAGUAUGUUUAUGUGUACAUGUGUGUAUAUGUGUGGAUCAAUUGCAGUGAUCAGAGAUCCUUUGUCCAUGUGUACAUGUUUUCUGUGGCUUGUGUGCAUACUUUCUAGUAUUUUAUGACCGAGUUUGGAGGAGUGUUUUGUAUUUUUCUACCUGUUGUGCAUUUGUCACCAAGGAGUUUUGAUGUGCAGUAUUACUUUAUUUAUUAUUAUUAUUUUUUUUUUUUUUUCACUUUACUUUACAUUAAUAUGUUGUCAUUUAAUAUAUAUUUAUAGAUGUUAGGAAAUAUUUAAUGAUAAUAUGUACAGUACUAAGAAUCAAAUAUUUUGUGUUGAUAAAUUGUAUUGUGUAAUGUUCUGCAGCUAAGAGGUAGUAUUUUGUACAAUUUUUAUUUCAAUAUUGUGCAAAUUGGCAAAUUUAAAUUUGCCUUAGAUAGUUUCCACUGCCCAUUGUAAUGUAUGUAUAUAUAAUUAAAUAUUUCAUAUCUAUGCUGGCGUACAAAGAAACCAGUUCAGAUAUCUUAUAAGAUA